AGCUCUCUUGAUUAAACAUAUCCUAGCUCGGAUUUUGCACAGAAUUAAGUAGCCGGAGGCGAAUAAUUAUUUAAAAUACACACAUCGUGUAUAAAAAAUAAUUCGUAUAUUUUCUAAUUAUUAUCAUCAGUUGAAUUGUGAGUGAAUUCCCAACCUUAUUCUUUAACUUGACUCUUAGUUUCAUUUCUUUUCAAUGCUAAAAUUUUCAAUUUUAUCAUAAAUCUGUUCUACAAUAAUGCUGACUUUACCAAUAUUUCUGCGAAGUGAUCUCAAACUAAUUUGUGUUAGUGACAAAAUCGCGAAACUAUUUUCAAGGUUUAAAAAUAAAGAGCUAUUCAAAGUACCAAUUAUGGGUCAAGAAGAUAUCCUUAAACGCAUUAAGGAAAAUAAUGCCCAUGGUGAAGAAUUAGUAAAAUUCAUUGAGCAAAGAAUUCCUGCACUUCGUAAGGCAAUGGUUGAGCAAGGAAAUAGGGAAGCUGAGGCCAAUAUUUUAGCUAAAAAUAAGCUACUCAAAGCACAGCUUGAAUUCUUUAAAAAACGUGUCAUCGAGCUUGAGAUGAUGAAUGGUAUUGAGCAAUAUUCUUUGCCGGAUAAAGACAGCAAGGAAUAUGUGUCUUCUUCCAAUUCCUCUUCAAAUAAACUAACAGAAACAGUCGUGUCUAAGCCAACUGCUGAAAAUACCAAAGAAGAACCAAGCAAAGAGUCAAAGAAAUCAGGUAAACAGCCAAAAGAGACAAAGAAAGAAAAAAGUGAGAAACCUGCAAAGUCUGAAAAACAAGCAAGUGAUGAAGGUAAAGAGAUUGACGUCAGUCGGUUAGAUUUGAGAAUAGGGCGUAUUCUGUCUGCAAAAAAACACCCUGAUGCUGAAAGCUUAUAUGUAGAAGACAUUGAUGUGGGGGAAGAUAAGCCUAGAACUGUUGUUUCUGGUCUUGUAAAGUUUGUGCCUCUGGAGGAGAUGCAAAAUCGUUUAGUGGUCGUGCUGUGUAAUCUCAAACCGGCUAAAAUGAGGGGAAUUACUUCUGAAGCUAUGGUGAUGUGCGCUUCCACACCAGAUAAAGUUGAAAUCCUGUGUCCACCAGCUGAUUGUGUACCUGGAGAUAAAGUGGUUUGUGAUGAAUAUCCUGGUGAACCAGAUCAACUGCUUCCACCAAAGAAGAAAAUUUUUGAACAAGUUGCUCCUGAUUUGAAAACUAAUAAGGACUUUAUUGCAACGUAUAAAUCAGCACAGUUGAAAGUAGUUAAUAAAGGGGUUAUUAAAUCAUUAACUUUAGCUGAAGUUCAGAUUAAGUAAUUAUCUGGCAUUGUUCAAUGUCAGUUGUAUGUUUAAAAUAAUGAAUAAAAUAACUAUGCUUUA